AUGGGGUCACUCAUGAAUCGCCGACUGGCUCCUCGCUUCAACGCGAGGAGCCAGUCGACGAUCCAUGCAACUAUGAAGAUCGAACACCAAACGCGUCAAAUCGAUGCUCUAGUCGUUGUCGGACCACGAUUCAACGCCCGGAAGAGGUUUUUGGCCAUUUCGAUGGGGUCACUAGGCUUGAUGUGAACCUUCGGCGAUGACCGACGUACGUGAACGUUGAUCGAACAAGCUAGCCAAUGCCCCGUUUCAAGGCAAAAGCUCGACGAUCAAGGAGAAGCGC